AAGAACCUAUUAUAGGUCUAUGGUCAGCUGCUGCAGUCGCUGCACUCUGCCGCGCUAACAACAGAUCGAGUGCGUUCUUAUCACUCAUUCACUGGCCAAAACCUAUUACAAUAUUACGAUUGCGAAAACAAUAAUAAUAAACUAAGCGGUUGUUAUAAUAUUAUAAUAUUAUUCUGGUGUAUCCGUUCCAAAUAUUGUAAUUAUUAAUAUAAUAUUAUCACUGCGAACGGACGGUUUGCCAAAAACAAAUAUAUAAAUAAAUAAUAACAACGUCGUAUUCUUAUCGUUUCCACGAUCGUAUGCGUGUACCACCCCCCCGCCCGACCGACCUCGACGAAACCGUCGACGGUGGUUCGUACGAUAAUAAUAAUUGCCGUCGUCGUCAUUUUCGAAUCACUCUCGGCGACUUUUGUCCGCGUCGUCCGGCAGAUGUGUUGGUAUCUACGUACGUUUUAUUAGGACGCGCCGCCCAGAAGGACGUUUGUCGUCGACUCGUCGUCGAUGUCCGAACGCGGAAGCCGUAUUUUAUCGCUACUCGUAGAUAGCAGAGAAAGUUCGUUGUUCAUCGACCAAUUCGACCGAUAGGUACCUAAUAAAGCAUCGAUAUAAUAUAGUAGGUAUUAUGACUUGCGGGCCACCGCUCGGCGACCAAAGUUACCGACGGAUAUUCGGCUGGCCGUCGGUAUUCGUCGCCGCACCGGGCACAUUAAAUAAUAUAUCACACGUCGCAUGAAUAUCGCUUUUUUGUUGUUGUUGUUGUUGUUGUCAUUGCUAUAAUAUUAUAUUAUAAUUGCGAGACGCGUAUUUGGAUUUAAACCUUAUCAACUCAACACAUGUAUGGAUUGGAAGCAAAUAAUUCAAAAACAUAGUCGUAAGAUCUUGAAUAGAAUAAGUAUGGACUUGAUGUUGGAAGCUUAUUUGACACACGAAUCAAGUCUUAUGGAUUUAGAAGAUAUACCACAAACAGUUGAUCCUGUAUGGAUACUAGGAAAAAAAUAUAGUACAAUUAUUGAUUUACAACAAAUUCGGAAUGAUAUUCAAUCCAGAUUAUGGUUUACUUAUCGGAAAGGUUUUGUUCAAAUUGGCAAUACAAAUUUCACCUCUGACAGAGGUUGGGGAUGUAUGUUACGAUGCGGACAGAUGGUUAUUGGGCAAGCUCUAAUUUUUUUACAUCUUGGAAGAGAUUGGCGCUGGGACCCAGAUAAGAGGGAUAUAGAUUACUUAAAAAUUCUAAGAAUGUUUGAAGACAAGCGAUCUGCACCCUAUUCAAUUCAUCAGAUAGCUCUUAUGGGCGUAUCUCAUGGUAAGCAAGUUGGCGAGUGGUUUGGUCCAAACACAAUAGCUCAAGUAUUAAAAAAAUUAGCCACUAUGGAUGAAUUGAGCUCUCUUGUUUUUCAUGUAGCAUUAGACAACACACUAGUCAUUAAUGAAGUCAAAAAAUUAUGUACUGUGAUGGAACAAACUAACUCUAGUAAACAAAUUUGGAAACCUUUGGUACUAGUGAUUCCACUACGAUUAGGAAUAAGUGCAAUUAACCCUGCUUAUGUUCAAGGUGUUAAAAUGUGUUUCACUUUCCCACAAUCAUUGGGUGUGAUUGGUGGAAGACCUAACCACGCUCUAUAUUUUAUAGGUUUCGUAGGCAAUGAUGUAAUAUUUUUGGAUCCACACACAACACAGCAAAUAGGAAUGCUGCCGAACAAAGAUAUAGAAACCGAACAUAAAAUUGAUCAUUCGUAUCACUGUCAACAAAUUAACAGACUACCAAUCCUCAACAUGGACCCAUCACUUGCCGCCUGUUUCAUGUGCCAGACUGAAAACGAUUUUAAUGCACUGUGUCAUGAGCUAAAAGUACAUUUGGUGCAGUCUGAUCAAUCGCCAUCUCAACCACUAAUCACUAUAUGUGAUGAACGGCCAUCCGAUUGGACAUUAGACACUUCUGGAACUCUGUCCACGUCGUCUGAAAAUGUUGCUGUGUCAUUAUCGGACUUGGAACUGAGUGACAAAAAAUUUCUAACUGAUUCAGACGAUGAUUUUGAACUAUUGUGAUAUAUAUGAACUAAAAGGAUUCUUCAUAAUUCUCAACAUUCGUAUUUAUAUAUGGCAUACAUACAUUUAUGCAUAAAAAUAAUAUAUAAAAUAAAAUGAUUUAUACACUUUUGAAGAGAUAAUGUUUAGUACUAUUCCUGAUUGGUGCCACAGUGAAUAUGUUUUGAUUGCCCUUCCAAUUAAUGUUUUAUUAUUAUUAUUAUUAUUAUUAUUUUAUUAUCAUUAUCAUAAUCAUAAUUAUUAUUAAUUUAUUAUUAGUUUCAGUUAUGUUUUAUGUUAUAAUAUAUCAUUUUUGUUUAAAUAUUUAUGUUGUUACAACACACGAAUUUGUAAAAAGUGAAAUAUAAUUUACUAAUCAAUUACCUAUCAAACUCAUUAAAACAUCAACACUGGCAAAUCUUUAUUUAACGAUAUUUAAAUGAUCGAUUAUCAUUGAUUUUGUUGUUUAAUUUUCAUAUGAUUUAUAUAGGAAACUAUUUCAGCUUUAAAGUUCUUAAUGUUAAACUAGUCUGUUAUAUUAAAUUUCUCAUAUAUAUGUAUACUUAACUAUACAAAAGAAAACGAAACAAAUUGUUUCCUAUACACAUUAAGUAUGGUAAACUUAUUAUUUUGUCCCAAAUAACCUAAUUUUAUUAUAUUUAUGUUAUAUGUUUGGUUAGUAUACGAUCAAUCAUUGUUUAACUUGGCUGCUGUAUAGCAAUAAAUAAUUGCAAUAAAAUAUGUUAAUAACAAUUGUUGAAUUGUGUAAUACAAAUAAAUAAUUUUUAACUUGUAAAUGUAUAUGAAAAGAAACCAAAUUAAAAUAAAUAUAUUUUAUUUA